CGCCUCUGAUAUUUUUUCAAAAUUCAACUUUUUGUUCACUGCAAAGCGGGCUUCUUCUCUCCGAUUAAAAUUUUCAUUUUAAGGGUUUCUCAAUAAUUCAAUUUCCAUGUAUGUAUGUAUGGUGGUGCUUUGAUUUGAACAAUUCUCGGAUUUUACUGUCUCAAACCGAUCGAUUUUGGGGUUUUCGCUGAGCAAAAUUAUUGUUCGUCGUUGUUGUCUAAGAUCUGAGGUUUUCUGAAUCGGCGAUUUACAGAGAGAGAGAGAGAGAGAAGAGAAGUGAGCUGGGAAAGAGGUGGGGGAGUAGAUGGCGAUCCUAUUUGCGUUGGUGGCUCGUGGAACAGUGGUGCUAUCUGAGUUUAGCGCUACUUCGACUAACGCUAGCUCAAUUGCUAAGCAGAUUUUGGAGAAAUUGCCCGGAAACGAUAGCGAUAGCCACUUGUCUUACUCUCAGGAUCGCUACAUCUUCCAUGUUAAGCGAACCGAUGGUCUUACCGUUCUCUGUAUGGCUGAUGAAUCCGCCGGAAGGAAUAUUCCGUUUGCGUUUUUGGGUGAUAUUCAUCAGAGGUUUGUGAGAACAUAUGGCCGUGCUAUUCAUUCAGCUCAAGCUUAUUCCAUGAAUGAUGAGUUUUCAAGAGUUUUGAGCCAGCAGAUGGAAUACUAUUCGAAUGAUCCAAAUGCAGACAGGAUGAGCAGGAUCAAAGGUGAAAUGAGUCAGGUUAGAGAUGUGAUGAUUGAGAAUAUUGAUAAAGUCUUGGAUAGAGGGGGCCGUUUGGAGUUGCUAGUUGAUAAAACCGAAGAUAUGCAAGGCAACACUUUUCGUUUCAGAAAGCAAGCUCGCCGUUACAGAACCGUUAUGUGGUGGCGAAAUGUUAAGCUUACGAUUGCUCUGAUACUUGUACUCGCAUUGGUUGUGUACAUCGCGAUGGCCUUUGUUUGUCACGGGCCAAGUCUUCCUAAAUGUUUCAAGUAAGAAGACAUUCUUACUAUCACCUUUCCCUUCUCGGGAAUUUAUCAUAGACUCUGCUUCAAUCUUGAAAUGUGAGAUAUGCCAUGUGUAAAAUGUGUGUUUAUGUGCUCUUUCAAGUAUCAGCUUCUACAUAUUAUAUCGAAUUUGAGAACCAAAUGUUAUUUGUAAGUGUGAUAUUUUACUGUUAAUGAUCAUACCCUGUCUGUUUACAAUU